CACCGCCAAUCACAGCGGGAGUGGUGCGCGUAUGUAGCUUUUUUUGCAGUGAGUGAGCCAUACCGCGCUCUAUAUAUAUACCGCCCCGUGUAGGCACGCACAGUUGCACCGCCACUCUUGACUCUGUCUCCCCGAGCCCGACUCACGACUGAUUCGCCAUUCGCGUGAUUCGUUUGAUUCGGCUCUCCCCCACCCUUCUUGUGCAUGGCCUUUGAUCGUCGAUCCGUGCAGCCCAGCUGUCCUUGAUAAGGGAGGUUCUUGCCUCAUCUCGUCUAGCGAGCAUUAUCUGGCGUACGACGCCUCAAGCUGAACAUCGCAAAAGCUGAAGGAUGCCUCGUCUCAUCGAGAUCUACGCCAACGAUCGGUUGGGUCGUCGUGUCAGAGUCAAGUGCAGUCCAGACGACACGAUUGGAGAUUUGAAGAAACUCAUCGCAGCUCAGAUUGGAACGGUGCCGGAAAAGAUCAAGCUGAGCAGGCAAUAUACCAUUCUGAAGAAUCACAUCACUUUGGCUGAUUACGAGGUGCACGAUGGCUCUUCAUUGGACAUGUACUAAGGCGGAAGCAGAGGGCAUUUGAAGGGUGGGAGAAUCACAAGUGCGGCGGACGCAACGUGCGAGCGAGGUGCAUGUGCGGAAAGGUGGAGUGCGAGACAAAGGCAAAGCUAGUCAAAGUGUUGCGAGAUGGAGAGCAGAUCCGGCCAGAGGACUAGCGCAAUACUCUUCUUCGAGACGACCUUGGAGAGUUCUGAUACAUUGGGCAGAGAGAGAAUGGCACUGCCGCGCCCUUGCCAUUGCGCGGAGAAGACCUGAAAUAUCGAGCGCUCGAACGAGCGCACUAGAAUCCCUGUUGCUUUGGGGACGAACAACAAUUCAAUGUUGUUCAUCGUCGUAACACCGUCCAUGAAGCGCCACUGCACGCGUCGCCGAGUGAAAGAGCGACAUACGAGACGUAUAUCCAUCGUACACCGAUCUUUGCGCCUCUCG